AUGCCAGCUAAGAAGGGAGAUAAGAUCAUUACCCACGGACGAGUGGUCGGUCAAGCCGAUACCAUCGUGGAGAUUGUUGAAGCCUUAGGCCCAGAUGGAGGCCCCCCUUAUCGAGUGCGAAGUGAAAAUGGCCACGAGACUUUGAUGUAUCCUGGUCCUGACUCGGUGGUCCAGCCUGGCGAGGACUCAGUGUCGCAGGAGGGUACUAUACAGUAG